AAUAAACCAAACUUGUACUCCAUGUAAACUGAAACUAUCAAACUGAGACUAUGGCUCAGCUCAUUUCAAACACGUGCAGUAUCCAAUCGGUGGUGCCGGAAUCUUAUAUAUUGCCACCGGAAAGAAGACCCGGUCAGCUAGUUGUUCAUCCCUGCAAGACUAUUCCGGUGAUUGAUCUCGACGGCAACCGGAAUGAAUUGGUUCAGGAAAUCAUCAAGGCUAGCCAAGAAUAUGGAUUCUUUCAGUUGAUAAAUCAUGGGGUGUCGGAGGCGCUGAUGAAGGAUGUGUUGGUGGUGGCCAAAGAAUUUUUCGAUUUGCCUGCGGAGGAGAAGCAGAGAUUCUUCUCUGAGGAUCCAAAGCAGACUUGUAGAAUGAAAACAAGCAUUGACUUUGCCAGAGAGAAGGUUCAUUUCUGGAGAGAUAGCUUAAGGCACCCUUGUCACCCCUUGGAGGAACAUAUUCAGCAAUGGCCCGAAAAUCCGGCUCGCUACAGGGAAGUAAUUGGACAAUAUUCAGUGGUGGUGAGAAACCUCGGUUUGCGGAUUUUGGAUCUAGUCUGUGAAGGUUUGGGCUUCGAACCGGGCUACUUAGGGGGAGAGCUCAGCUGGGGCCAGAUAAUGAGUGUUAACCAUUACCCACGGUGUCCUGACCCGACCUUGGUAUUGGGCUUGCCCAAACAUGGCGAUCCAUACCUUAUCACCCUUCUUAACCAAGGAGAUGUGCCUGGGCUUCAAGUCUUGAAAGAUGAACAAUGGGUCGCAGUCGAGCCACUUCCUACUGCCUUUGUGGUUAACAUCAAUCACAUGUUGCAGAUAAUCAGCAAUGGGAAGCUGAAGAGUGCUGAUCAUAGGGUCGUUCCCAGCUCAAAUGUUGCUCGAACGACAAUUGCUAGCUUCAUCCGUCCUUCCAACAAUGUCGCCGUUGAACCAGCGACAUCUCUUGUCAGCGAAUCCAAUCCCCCACUUUACAAAUCUCUCACAUUCGGAGAUUUCAUCGGCAGUUAUAUGAAAGAUACGCACGAAGGAAUAGAUCCACUCGAGCGCUUCAUGAUCCGACCUUAAAAUCGUUUUUCCGCUCUCUAUUCCAACAUUUUAUUUUCUGCAUUGUCUCUCGCUUUUCAUCGUUUCAAGAGAGAACAAACUUGAAUAAUAGUCGUCAUUGUUUUAGAUA